GUUAUUCUCUCUUUCUCUCUCUCUUGGUUCGUGAUCUAUUCGUUGAUUUAAUUUCAAUUAUUGUGAUUUACAUUGAUUUUCAUUUGUUGUUACUCACCAAUUAAUUAACCGAUCCCAUCAAACGACUAUUGUUACAUUGUUAACCUUGGAUACUUUUUUCUCUCUCACUCUCUCUUUUUUAUUCUUUGUCUCUGUCUCUCUUUCUCUCUCUCUUCUCAUUUUAAUGGUUUACUUUUAUUGAUUUUGUACCUCGAUUAAUUUUUUUGUUGUUUAGCUUUUGAUUAACAUUUCCUUUUUUUUAUUAACUGUCUAUUAAUCCUUUGGAUUGUUGUUACUUUUGAUUGUGUCAACAACCAGUUGAUUAUUUUCUAUUGCUUAGUUUACCUCUGAAUCGAAUUUUUGUUUUAUUCUAAAAAGAAAACCGAAAAAUUCUAUUCUUUUCUCUGUCUAAUAUGGAUACUAUUGAUUCUGCAAUCGCUAGUAUUGAACCGGUAAAUGUUUCCAAUAUUUCACUUGAAGAUCCUGUGGGUUUGAAAAACGAUGAGAAACAACCAUCACCAUCUAAGGAAAAUUAUCCGGAAGAUCGUCAAUCACCUCAAUCACUUUCAAUUGUUUCCAAUGUAUCUACAAGCUCUUCUUCAGAGGUAGCCCAAGAACCAUUUAGACCAAAAUAUAAAGUUAAAGUGUCAACCAAUAGUAUAACAAAAGAUGGUGAAAGUGUCAUUUAUAAACUGACCACAACAUCUUUAAUGGAUGAAUCUUCUGGUAAAGAGUGGAAAGUUGAAAGGAUAUAUGAUGAUCUUCAACAAUUGAAUCAAAGUUUAACUGCAUCAGUUGCUCCUGGUUAUGGUUUAAUUAUGCCACCAUUACCCGAAGAAUCAAUGACCAAUCCCUUACAUGCUAAAGAAAAGAGUAGAGAAAAACUUGGUCCCAAUACAAGAACUCUAAUCGGUGAUGAAUGGUACAAAGAUUGCUGGCAAAUCCAAGAAUAUUUAAGAUUACUUCUUAAUCAUCCAAUUUUCGGCCAUGAUAAGAUUUGGGAACAAUUUCUUUGCUCCCUUAAUCCACCCCCAAGAGUUAAAUUACCCAAAUCUUCAAAUAUAUUGGGUAAAUUAUCUGAAAACAUUGAUUCCCGAGGAAGGUCAACACAUAAAGAUUGUGAAGAAUAUUUUCAAAAAGAAAGAGACUGGGCCAACCAAUAUUCCCAUGCGAUUAAAUCAACUUCCAAAGCUUUUAAUUCGAUUAUCAAUGCAAGAUUAAAACUCUGUGGAUCUCUAUCACAUUUAUCGACAACUCUUAAUUUAAAUAUCCCCGGAAGUAGUGAGAAUCAAUCUAAUCGUCAAGCCAUGAAAUUUGGAAACCUUUUCUCAAUUGCCAUUGAUGAUUAUCAGAGAGGUCUGGAAGUUAUCAAUUUCAAUGAUGAAGCCACUCUAGGAUCAAGCUUUGAUUUAUGGUCUCGUUAUAUUGACGAAAAGGAAAUGCUUAAUCGUCGAACUGGUUUAAUGAUUGAAUACGAGAAAUCAAAUAGAAAUCUAGAUAAAGCAAAACCCCACAAACGAGAUGAGGUAAGUCUUAAUUUUAUUAUUUCCAUAACACUUAAAUCGUGUGGUUUACAUCAAUUUAUUAAUUCCCAACAAUUUACUUGCAAAUUUUGUUUGUACUCAACAAGAAAAGGUCACUUAAUUACUUUUGCAUUGAAAAC